CACGUUCUUUAAAUCAAGACCUACAUUUUCUUCACAUAACCUGAUGAAUGAAGGUUUUGUACUGGGUUAACCUCCCGAGCAACAAUCUUACGAUAAUUCAAAUAAAGCGGUGCACAUGGUUUUCGGUGGAGAUUUAAGUCAAAGGUUCUUUUUUGCGGCCGUUGCAAUCAUCUCUUUCACUGGAAAUGUCUUCUUUAUUGUGAUUAUUAUACGCAAUAGGAAACUACUGAGAAAAGCUUAUCACAAAAUAAUACUGAGCUUGGCCAUCACCGAUAUGAUGAUAGGUCUUUGUCUUGUCUUAACACCAGUGUAUAUUAUUGGUCAAAAACCAGCUCUAACAAGCAAGAAUGUUGGCUCUGCGAUGUUUUGCUACGUCAUAGGAAAUCAAUAUCUUGUAUUUACGCUGGGAAUCGUUUCCUUGUAUACCGUUACGUUACUUGCAGUGGAGCGCUGGUGUGCUGUAUUUCGUCCCUUUGAACAUCGAACAACUUUUAGAAUUCACAAAGUGCGACAGUAUCUGAUCAUUAUUUGGAUUGCUUCCUUUGCUACAAAUAGCACUCACAUCUUAGAGACCAAGUAUUUUCUUAACAAUGUCAACACAACUGAACGUUGUGUGUUCCAAGGGAUAGCCAGCAGAGAGGCGAGAGUUGUCAUAGGAGUUGUAGAGAUUUUCUUAAAAUUUCUGAUACCAUUUUUAAUUCUCGUGGUGUCUUUCACUCACCUUUAUCGUUUCAUGAAGGAUUCACUUGUUGUUGCAACGACUCAUCCAAGCAAUUACAUUGCCCUUACACGUGUCACACAUAUGGCUGCCGCAACAUCGUUGGUGAUGGUGUUGUGUUGGUUUCCCAACCAACUUGUUUAUUUACUAUUCAAGCUCGAUGUUGUGCAGCUGAAUACCCCAUUUCAUAAAGCAACAGUUAUUGUUUGCAUGUUCAACUCUUGUUUGAACCCUUGUAUAUUUCUGUUAAGUAACAAACUAUACAGAAAAAAGGCAAAAGAACUACUCCCCAAGUGCAGAGGAUCAGUAAAGGACUUCGACUUAACUUCGACAGAAUCAAAGAAGGUGGUUCAGUCUGUUGUACCCGUAAAGUUUCUAGAGGGAAAUAUCCUCUAAGAGGAGAAAAUGGAGAUAUUUGAUCCUUUUUAAUUGUAUAGUAAUGACCUGGGUUAAAAAAAAAGUCGACCUUUCCUUUUUACUCAUUUAUACUAUAGUGCAAAUAUCUGCAGACUGAUAAGACGCCUUACGUCUCGGUGUUGAAGCAUCUGUAUAGAGGGGCUAUAAAUCAAGAGUCAAUCAUGUGUAGUGUUGUUUACCAGAGUCUCGGUAUGAACUAUUAUACACUGAUAGCGGAUGCGUAUCCUCCAUUUACGGAUUGUGAUAGAUACUAUCAAACUAAAUGUAAGCAUGUUAUAAGGUUUAACUGGCAGUAUAUUAUAUAAAAUUUCAGCCAAUUUGCUCUAAAACAAUGUCACUAAAUAGUCUUAUUGUAGGCAAGUAGACUGCCAUUUUUGUAUUUAGCUGUCGUUGGAGAUUUACCCUUUACGAAAAAUACGAACAGUAGCUUGUUAGAUCAUAAGAACCUAAAUCUGUAUAUUUGUUACUGUUCAUACGAAAUCACAAACAUUUUUCUCAGGGACAACAGUUGAUAAUAAAAAAUAUUUAUGUGUGUUAAACUAGCAAAUUAUUGUACCUGAAUAAUUACAUCAAUAAAACGAAGCUUCUCAUUA